AUGAAAAGGUUUGAAAGUGAUUUGAUGUUGAAGGAGAAUCAUAAGUAUUUGAAUAUAAUUACAAAAGAAGUUGUAGUUAUUGUUUGAUGAAAUCAUUACCAAAAGCUAUAAUCGAGAUAAUUUUAAAGAUUAAGUUCUCCUUAAAGAUCCCAAUAAAGGUUGAAAUUCUAUAUUAUUCUCUAGGCUAAGAUUUAACUUAAUGAACUUAUUAAGAAUUAGUGAUAAUUAAAUAACAAUAUCAGCAAGAAAAUAUUCCAUUCCAUUAUACUACAGGAUAAAAAAGAAACUACAAUUCAUACCAAUUAGAAGAACUUGGUUACACAGAUAUAUCUUAUCAAAUUCAAAGUAUUGAGGAGAUACCUUUGUCUAAAAAUUAACAUUAAAAUUUAUCGAAAUUAUGCAUUUUUACUAUUACCUUAUUUUAGACUGAUAAAAUUUAAAUAAUUCUUUUUGACGUAUUUUUCGUUGAUGAAAAUAUCUAACUCUAAUUUGAUAUCAGUCAUUAUUUCAUCUUAAGUCCCAUUUAAGAAGGAAGUGGCAUAUUGCAUUUCUUUUCUAAAACGAUAUUUUUUCAAAUUCAAAUCUUCUUUAACUAAUAGAAGCUUAUAAGAAUCUUUAAGAUUGCUUUCAGCUCAGAAACAUAUUCUGCCUUCAUAGAAAACAUUGCAUGGUGUUCCAUUUUUUAAUCUACAAUUUUAUUUUAUGAAUUUAUAAAGUUAUAUUAAUAUAAAUCUCUAAUAAACUAUUAUUAAUAUUAUUAUUUAAAUUCCUUCAUUUUUAUAUCAUUCCAUCCACAACUAUGAAAUUAUUUUGAUGGAAUAAUAAAAUAUAUAUAUCAAAGUCUUUAUUGUAAAUUUCGUCAUCUGAAAUAGGUAUUCUUUAAAUCUACACGAAAAACCUUUUGCCAGAACCCUCUUAUCAAAUUUACUCUUUCUGAAUAAAGAAAAUUCCAAACAAUUCUAAUUGAAUUUUAAAAAGAACAAUCUUUUUAAAAAUAAUACAAUUUAAGUUAUUUACAAUCUAAAACUGGUACUCUUACUCUUUAACUCAAUCAAAAAUCAACAUCAAAAAUUUAAAGACUAUUAAACUUAUUUGAAAGAACUAUAAACUAAUUAUGA